CGUCAGGCCAAGUCCGUCGAAGCAAUGCUUUGAUCCGCAAGGUUCAUGUGAUCUACUUCCCUGCUAAUGCUCUCUCCUCGCAUCGAAUGCAUCUCAGUUUUUGUAGCAACUCGGAGGCAGAUAAUACGACCUCUUUCCGUUCCGAAUUUGCGCGUUAUUCUCAGUUGUGAACCUGGGAUUGCCUAAUGUGUGGCGUGUGCGAAUGCAAUGUGCUCUAUGGGGAGGUGAGAAGUGGAAGAUUUUGAUUACAAGGGCUGGAUUGACAUUACUUUGGGUUUUGUUUGUUUGUUUGUUUGUUUGUUUUUUUUUGUUUUUUUUGUUUUUUUAUGGCAGGAAGGGGUAUCUUGCCGACAAUGGAGGGAACAGGGGAUGCUUCUCACAAUUCCUCGUCUGCCACUGUGACUGGAACUGGUCAGAAAGCAGCUAUAAUCGAUGGAAAGGCAAUCGCAGAUCAAAUACGGAAGGAAAUCACAGCUGAAGUGUCCAAGAUGAAGGAGUCUGUAGGAAAUGUACCCGGCUUGGCUGUGAUUCUGGUUGGAGCGCGUAAAGAUUCCUCGACUUAUGUCCGCAACAAGAAAAGAGCUUGCGCUGAAGUUGGAAUUCUGUCAUUCGAUGUAACACUACCAGAAGAUGUAUCCCAAGAGGAAGUAGUGGCUCGUGUCAAGGAGUUCAACGACAAUCCAGCUGUUCAUGGAAUACUUGUUCAGCUUCCUCUUCCUAAGCACAUCAGCGAGGAGGUGGUUCUUGGGGCGGUGAGCUAUGAGAAGGACGUGGAUGGAUUUCACCCGAUCAAUGUUGGAACUUUGGCGAUGCAAGGGAGGAAACCUUUGUUUGUGUCUUGCACUCCCAAAGGAUGCAUUGAACUACUUAAGCGCUCCGGGGUGCAAAUUAAGGGAAAGCGUGCAGUUGUUAUUGGCCGUAGUAAUAUUGUGGGCACACCUGCAGCUCAGCUCCUACAGCGUGAAAAUGCUACAGUUACUGUUGUGCACUCGCAAACACCAAAUCCAGCAGAGAUCACGAGAGAAGCCGACAUUUUGGUUGCAGCGGCAGGAAAAGCUGAGUUGGUUAGAGGUGAUUGGCUGAAACCAGGAGCCGUUGUUAUUGACGUGGGAAUCAACGCUGUGGAGGAUCUAUCAAUUAAAAAAGGCUACCGACUGGUGGGUGACGUAUGUUUUGAAGAGGCCUGCCAUGUAGCGUCGAAGAUCACACCAGUUCCUGGAGGCGUUGGACCCAUGACCAUAGCGAUGCUUCUCUCAAAUACUCUUGACGCUGCCAAAAGAGCUUAUGGGGUUGCAAAUGCAUAACCGGUGCAAUAUAGUUAGACUGGCGUCAUUGAAGGUUUUACCCCGAUUGUGCAAUGUGGUGUGACCGUCAUGCCAGAUAAAAGCCUCUUUCGAAAUUAUUGUCACCAUUUGUUAGAAGAAUCUGAUUUCCCUGUCUUGGGAUAGGCAUUCUAGAGUUAACGUAUUGAAGAGCUGACGGAACAGAUGAUUUUGAGUCGGGAAUAAUUUUGAUCUCUUAAUGUGUCAAUUCUCCAAAUGGAAUCUGCAUUUAGCUCUUUUUUCAGUGCUAA